GUUGCUUAAAACCCAGCAGUGACGUUUUAGAAGUGUGUAAAGAUUAACCAGAGCCUCCUCGCUGCCACAGAGAGCUCAGACUUUGAGGAAGCACAGUGUCAAAUGUGAAUGGAGCAGAAUUUCAGGAUGCCUCUGGACUUCAAGCGUAGUGUGUACUUCUGCUUCGUGAUCAUUUCAUCCAUACAAACGUCACUCGCUCAUUCUCAUUACAAUACAGCCGAAUCGAUGAAAGACAACAGUCAGGUGACACCUACAGAGGAGCACUUAGAGGAGGCUUUUGAAGAGCAAGGCUACUACCUGCAGCGUCUUUUCCUGGAGUACGGCAGCAAUGGCAGUCUGACGUAUGAAGGUCUACAGAAGUUACUGGGCAGCCUGGGACUGGGUGAGGUCAGUGUCCUGGAGAUCAGACAUGGCGUGGUGAAGCAUUCCUCUCCCAGCCUGGCUCAUAUUCACCAACACUUAAAAGAAGACCAUCAUCAUCAUCCUCAUCAGCCCUCAAGCACAGCGCCAUUAAAUAAAGUCUCUGAGCCUGAGACUUUUAAAGCAACAAUGUCCACAACUGAUGUCAAAGUUGUGCAGCGUGGAUCUUCAGGACGGGGAGAUGAUUUGCAACCUACAGCUUCACUUGGCACAGAAAGACCAUUACUCUUCUCUGAUCAUCCGAGAAAGAACCACCUCCAUGAGAAUUGUUUGAACGUCACGCAGCUUCUGUGGAACUUCGGUUUGGAUCAGGCGUCUCACAUCACCCCUGCUCACUUCACCUUCCUGUGUCCUGCUCUGCUGUAUCAGAUAGACAGCGGCGUGUGUCUUCGCCACACAGAUCCUGACAUGCAGGAAGCUGGAAAUAGCGUGGCUUUUCUCAGAGCUCUGGGUUGGGCCUCUGUAGCGCUGCUAGUAAUCAGUCUGCCGUCCCUCGUGGCCCUUGGACUGACUCCCCUGAUCCCACCUGCUGCCCUCCAGACCUUCCUGUGCCCCAUGGCGGCCAUGGCAGUGGGCACUCUGUGUGGAGACGCCCUUCUGCACCUACUGCCUCAUGCGAACUCUGGGCCACACAGUGAUCACCAUGAUGCAGUGUUAAAGGGCCUAAGUGUGCUCAGUGGACUGUACUUGCUCUUCGUGUUUGAGAGUGUGCUUGGUUUCAGGCACAGCUGUAAGAAAUCAAAGAAAAGAAAGCAGAAUGCAGCAGAGGGCCGGGAAAUGGAGGCUUUGGAGGGUUCCUCUACACCUGAGCACUCUGUGAUCCCUGAGUCGGGUCACGGUCAUUCUCACACACCGCUGGAUCGAAGCUCCUCCAGCCUCAGCACCAUCGCCUGGAUGGUCAUCAUGGGAGAUGGAAUCCACAACCUCACUGACGGACUAGCGAUUGGUGUGGCAUUUUCUCAGAGCUUGACUGGAGGACUCAGUACCACUAUCGCUGUCUUCUGCCAUGAGCUUCCUCACGAGCUGGGUGAUCUGGCCGUGUUGCUGACUGCAGGUUGGCCUGUGCGGAGACUGGCACUCUUCAGCUUGCUCUCGGCCCUGCUGGGGUACGUGGGAGUGCUGACUGGCACUGUACUGGGGCACCAGUGGGCACAGCACUCGCCCUGGAUCCUUACACUCACCGCUGGAGUCUUUCUCUACGUCGCGCUGACUGACAUGAUGCCUGAGAUGCUGCAUGGAGAUCGAGGUUCAAUGAGUCCUCUCAGCUGUUUCCUCCUGCAGAGCAUCGGCUUGCUCACAGGAGGUGCCAUCAUGCUGUGCAUCGCUCUCUUCGAGGAGAACCUUAGCGUUAGCUUGGGGGACGGAUGAGAGACAGAAAGUAACGUGUGGAAUCAUAGACCUGCACCAAACCUUGCUAACAUGGAUGCCUGAUGGCUUCUUAAAUGUGGGUUUGUGUGCUGAAAGGACAGUACAGGAAGAAGAAAAGCUGCUUCAGCUGGACUGAACAAUCUGUCUACUGAUUUGACUAAAAGCAGCUUUGGGAAAUUUUUUUAUGAAGCUAAUUCCAAUAUAGCAUUCCUUUAAUAUCACUGAGGAACGUUUUUCUGUGCCUCUGAGUCUCUGAGUUUUAUAUUAAAGAUUUUAAUCCGAGUUGUAUUUGUGAUGUUUUAAAGAGUUAGUAAUUUAUUAAGUGAUCACUGAUUAAAACUGGUAAAGAAAUGAGUCAUCGUAUGAACUGUCAUUUGAAUUACAGUUUUAAAUAUUCAUAAUGAUAUUGAUAAUGAUUGCUUAAUGAGUUUAUGAGUUCAUCACUUCUUAAAUAUUUUGCAUCUACUGUACUGUAUAUUAUGAUAAAUGUUUAAUUUUCUAGUUUGUGUGUGAAUGUUUAGCACAUCUAGCAGAUUUACAGGAAGUUUGAUCUGAUGCCAUGCAGUCAGAUUCAUAAAUCUUUUCUAUCAGAGCUAGUCAGCUAGCUAUGCUGAUAGGAUUUAUAACAGUUUACACACUUUAUAGCAAAUACUAAAUAAACAACUGGCAUGAGCUCACCUGACAGGAUUUCUGAAAAGAUUUAUAAGUCACAUUUAUAAAUGUUUAUCGUCUACUACGAAUACUAGCCAACUAGCUAACAUGAGAGGAUUUCUGUAAGAAUUUUAAGUCAUAUUUCUAAACAUUUAUCAUCUUCACAGCUAAUUCUAAAUAUACAGCUAGCAUGAGCUAACCUGACAGGAUUUCUGAAAGGAUUUUUUUCUGACAUUUGUAAAUGUUUCAUGUUUACUGCUAAUGCUAGAUAAAUAGCUAGUAUGCGCUAACCUGACAUGAUUUUUAAGAGGAUUUUAAGUCAUAUUUAUAAACUUUUAUCAUAUUUACAGGUAAAGCUAAAUUGAUGACUAUCAUGAGCUGACCUGACAAGAUUUCCGAAAGGAUCUUAAGUUGUACAUUUAUCCUUGUUCUAGCUGAUUCUAAAUAAACAGCUAGCAUGAGCUAACCUGAAAGAA